CCAGGGGGCGUAGGUUUGACCGGCUUCUGGGAGGCUCAGACACAAUGAACCGUCAGACAGUGAGGGGCACGCAUGUUGGACCGGGAGAAUUAGCACGGUCUUAGCGUGUUAUUGCUCGUAAACGUGCCGUUUCUUUGUUUUAUCCAGUGAUUCUUAAGCUGCUGAGACGCUGUAUGGCGGUAACAAGGCUCUGCUGGAAGCGGUUUGUUCGUCCAGUUUGAUGAAAACGAGGUCGGGAUCAGACGAACGUUACCGUUAGCCCCUCCUGGUCGAUUUUUUUUUAAAACUUGUUUGUUUUUUAGUUAAAGACAACAAAGCAACGUAGAUAACGAUGUCGCUGAUUGCGUCGUCUGAUUAUUUCGCUGCCGAGUGUCUGGUAUCGAUAUCUAGCGGUCCUGUUCUACACAGACCCACCCCGGUCGCCCCCGCCAACCAGCCUGCCUCGGUGGGCCUGCUCCCCGGGGAGCCCGAAGGGUCGAGUGAGGACAGGGAAGUGCGGGACACGCUGAGGCUGGAGGGAGCUAACGUGGUGGCGGUGGCCGGUAUCCUCACCGACCUACACGGCAAGUUCCGCCCCAUGUCGGCCUAUUCGGAGAACAGCAACUCCUCGUGUGGUGGGGAGAGCGGUUACACCACGUUGUCCGACCCGACCACCCCUACCAUGACCCCCACCGCCACCCCGGUCCCCGGACAGCAGCACCAGCACCGGGCCGGGGGAGCAGGAGGAGGGGUGAAGCGACACCGGUGCACUUUUAACGGAUGCGACAGAGUUUAUGGGAAAUCUUCCCACCUGAAGGCACACAUCCGGACGCACACAGGUGAGAGGCCCUUCCCGUGCGUCUGGCCUAACUGUGUGAAGAAGUUUGCCCGCUCCGAUGAGCUCGCCCGCCACACUCGCACCCACACAGGGGAAAAACGUUUCCAGUGCCCGCUGUGCAACAAGCGCUUUAUGCGCAGCGACCACCUGAUCAAGCACGCCCGCCGUCAUCCCGACUUCAAGCCAUCCAUGUUGGGGCGCAACAGGGGUGUGUCCUCGGCAUCUGAUCCGGACGUGCACAAUUAGGGUGACGUGGGUUUGCUGUGCACUGGCAUUGACGGGAGCGCAAGACAGUCAACAUUAGCUUCAAGUGAACCGUCUACAAUCAGAUCCACUAGUUAGGACUUAGCAUUGCUGUGUUGCACUAAAAACAAAUGUGCACGUAUACACAAACAUACACACACAGAGCUGGAUGCGAGGUGGGGAGUAGCCUUAUGUCUCUGUGUCCACACAGUUGAGUCACACGAACACUGUCCACCAACUCAACAACAACCAGGGUUGGGUUUGAAAAUUGUUACAAACCUAAAAGAACCAGGGACUCGUUAAGAAAUGCGGCUUUUGAUUCCACUUGUCGUUUCCUGAAAGCAAGACUUUGGACCUACUGUGCUUCCAUUUGCAUCGGCAGUUACAUGUGCGCAUGUGUGUGUGAUGUUUACAGUAUGGCAGACUAGGCUAAGCCUCAGAAAACCCAAUAAUGAUAGAGUGAAAUGUAAUCACUGCAGUUAAGGAAAGUUGGAGGCAUGAAGGUAGACUUACUGCAGGAUGAUCUGAGAAUGUAGUUUUUACUGUCCUGCAUCAGUAGCAGUGAUAUUAGACCACAAAGUUUUGUGGAUGAGAUACCAAGAAUUUAAUGCCAGGUAAAUCACGUAAGAGUUGCGAAAGUCCCAGCAUGCCUUGGAGAAGUACUAAACGGUGUUUUGCAACAUAGCCUGCUGAAAUAAAAAUCAGUAGGUUUUAACUGCCAUAGAAGUGAAACACACACAGCUAGCACAAAUGUUGUAUUUCGUUUAAACCAAAAAAUCAAAUCAAAUCAAGAAUACCUCGUUGUGGAUAACCACCUGAUGGCAGCAUACGUUUAUCACAGGAAUUUUUUUUUCUGCCUUUCGUAAAAUUUUGAUCUCAGGAUUCGAUAAGAACGCGAAUCACGAAGCAGAGUUCAGUCGACUAAAAUUAAACCCAACCCUGAAGGUAACCUCAUCGUCUCAAACUGAAACACUUUCACAGAUGGCAGGGAUUUCUUUUUCAUAUUGUCUGUACAAAUCUGCACAUUCAUCAUCAUCAUCAGCCAAAUAAUCCUCUCUGGUUUUCUUGUGGUUCAUUUCUACCUUGUCAGUAACCUUUAUUUACCAUGAGUAGCACAAUAUUGUGAUAUUAGAUAGCGAGGCGAUGGAUAGACGCUUUUUAAAAAUAUUUUUGUUUGUUUGUAGCUUUGCUGAUAUUAAGUUCUAGUGGUGACACAUUCCUUAAUGUUUUUUUUUUAUACUGCUUCAGUAACCCUCUGCAUUGAAGUCAAUAUUUCUUCAUAUAUCCAAUUCAAGUGUAGAUCAAAUACUCAUUUUAGCCUGAAAGUGGAUCAAAUUUCAAUUUAGAAGAGUUGUUUGCACGCCAUCAUUAAGGCUCCACCAGUUAUCAUCAAUGAAAUGCUGACACAUAAUACACAGCAGUAUUAUGUCUAAACCUGAUGCAAAUGUAUAUAAGCUUUAAGCUUUUAAUGUAGAAAAAAAUGGUAAUGCUACAAGCAGGAGAAAUAAUACACGUGAUGAAUUGUAGUCCUUAUAUUAGGGGUAACAUACAGUAUGUAUGCUUGAUAGAUUGGCAUUGCCUGUGAGUGUUGGUGUGUGCGUUUUUUUUUUUUAGAUUUACCUUUUUUUUUCGUUUUGUUUUUAAGCCUGCUGCCUUCAAAGUAAAAGCAUUCACUUCGUCAUCGAGGGUUUGGAGAAAGACGACAAAAUAUACACACGUGCCAGAUAUUUCUUUUAACAGCAGAUAAAUCAGAGUCUUAUGAGUAGCAUCGGGAGAGGGGGGGACAAAUCUUACUGUAACUGAUUAUGUGGAAACCAAAAAAAAAACACAUUCUGAGAAGAUCAGUUAAACUUUUUUUUUCCUCAUCUACACAGUACAGAUGUGGGCUGUGGAGUUGUGUCACUAAAGCAGCCAUUAAUAAUACUCGGGGAUGCACUGAUUGUGAAAUUCCAGGCCGGUUCCAAUGUCGGAAAAACAAAAAAUUUGGCCGAUAUCCAAGCCCAGUAUUUUUUCUACUCGCGUGUUUAGUUUUUGUUGUCGUUUAUUAACUCCUUUAUGCCCUGGAAACAAAGUAGAUCCCAGUUAAUUUGACACAACAGAUAACUAUCAGUAGAUUCAGUCUUAUAUCAGUCAUCAGCCAGUCACAUUUUUUGCUUAUAUGUCAGUGCAUCCCUGAUGAUAAAAGUUCCACCUGUGUUUGAGUUGAAUAGUGAUACACAAAUGUGGAUUUGAUUGGAACCUGUUCAGUAGAUUUAGGGAUGCUGGCACCUAAAUCUGUAUGAAAUAAUCAGUUUCGAUUUCAGGAAUGAACCCAUCAAAAAGAUUAGAUCCACGAUUUACCAAAUCAGUCAAACCUGUAAUGUAAUUAAUGUACUUAUGACCCACUUGUAGUGUCCAGGUCUGAAUAGAGAGAGAGUGUGUGUGUGUGUGUGUGUGUGUGUGUGUGUGUUAUUUCCUUUUUAAAUAUUUCCACUGUUUGUCCCACUUAUGGACAUAUUCCUUUAACUCAGUGAACACUUCUUCAGGAAACUUUGAAAGCCUUAAACUAUGUCAUAACUACUUUGCACCAUGUUUACAGUUGGAUCAUUGUAUAGGUAUGUGUGUCCUCUUGUAGGCGCAUAACAGAAACUCAUUAUGCAAUAAGCACUUUUUUCUCACAGGUAUAUUUUGCUGGAUAGUGUAAUGGCUUGCACUGUUACUGUGUUACUCCAAGUGGGCACUGUGGAACUUUGUGUUGAUGACCAGUGGUUUUUAAAAAAACAAAACAAAAAAAACUGCCUUUUCCUUUCCUUAUUUUUGUGUUUUCUCAGUCAUCCAGGCCAUCUCUUUGUUGUGUAAUGUGUCUAGAUGGGAUUGGCUUCUGUUGUUGUCCCCGGAUCUGUUUCACUUUCCUCCACAUUAAGAUCGGCGCGAUUGUCUUGCUGAUUCGUGUCACGCCGUCUCCGCGUUCCCGUUGAUUUCAUUUUAAUUGCAGCUGUUUUCUUUGAAGUGAAUGCCGAGCUUUUGAAAGUUUUCGGUUGCUGCUGGCAGUGACCUUGAACAAGUGGACUGUUUAUCAGAGGAGCAAACGCGUCUGAUAUAGACUCUCAAGCUAUAUUGUCACAAGAAGAACAUACCUCACAGUCAAAACAGUUGUUUUUAUUUCUGCAGUGUCUGUGUAAAAUCCAUCCAACCAGUCUUUCAGAAAUUCCUAUAAAACCAUCAAGCCUUGGAUUUUUAAGAAAAGAGUUGUUUUUAUCAGCCAGAUGGCCUGUUUAUGUACCCUCGUCCUUACUGACUAUAUGCAACACCUUUACUACCUGUGUAGCUGCUUCUUCUUCUUCUCCUCAGUGACCUGUUGUUGUGAAUAGACAGUAGUAGUUUAAUCUCCAUAGACAUUAACCCUUUGUAGAUCUGAGCUUUAAACUUCACUACUCGCUGGAGCAGAAGUCGAAAAAGGGGGCAUUUAAAUACAAAGUAAAAAUAUUUGCAGACUGUCAUUUCACUGAGAAUGAUGAUUGAAUAUGCUCAAUCCAAACUCUGUUUGCUCAUAUCACUGAAUGUGGCUUGGAGUCCAUUUUGGAUUUAAUUUUGCGGCGCCGCCUCACCUAUAGCUGGGGGCAAAAGGGCGAUUUUUCUUUCUUCUUGUCACCACACUAUCUCAGAUAUGCACAUUGUACAGAAAUGGAUGUUCUUUUUUUAAUCGAUGCUAAUUUUUACAUUAAUGUAAUUUUUAAAAAAGUCCUCUUAUCAAAGCUUUAGUUAGGGUAAAUGGGAGGAACCGUGGAACUAAAUAAUUGCUGCAGCAAGCUGUUUUGAUAUUUAUAUUCUCAGGUGUCUUAAAUUUUCGGCAUUGGAGUUUCAAUAUUUCCUGUGCGACACAGAAGUACAAAGCAUGGUUUUGUUUCUUAUGUUAUGCUGAUUAAUUUAUUACAUAUCGAAAAACGUAUAUGGUUUGUGUGGUUUAAUUAUUCUUUUCAUAACUCAUUUUGUGAUAUGGAACAGUACUAAUAUUAAAUGUUUCCAAUGUUUGCUUGACCUGUGCUAUUUUUAAGAAAUAAAAAUUCUUAAGUUCA